GUGCCGGUGGCGUUGGGGCUGCAGCGCUGUUCGGGGUACAACCUGUCGCGCAGGUUCGUGGAGACGGGCUCCGUGGCCCUCGAGGGUGAUCUUCAGUUCCGGGUGCUGUCCUGGAACGUGCUGGCGCAGGACUACAUUGUUUGGGCCGGGGUGCCCGCAGGUGCGAAGGCCGCAUAUUCCUGGCGCGCUCGCCGGCCCCUCCUCCUGGCCCAGGUGGCGCGGCUCGACCCGGACAUUUUUGCGCUGCAGGAGCUGGAGGUCAGCGUCUUCAGGAACGAGGUGAAGCCCUGGGCGAAGUCGAUCGGCUUCGACGGGUACUUCGCCGGCGCUCCCGUCGGCAUCUCGCUGUUUUGGCGGCUGUCCACGUUCCGCUCAGUCACUGCCGUGCAUGCCGAUGUCGGCGGCUUCUCUUUCCCUUGGAGGUUCAGCAGCUCGAAGCUCACCCUCUCGGAGGACCAGUUCCGGAGGUACAUCGACAGGCCCUUCCGCACGGCCUUAUUCGUCACCCUCGUUCCCACCCAUGCGCGACGGCACGCGCUCGUGGUGAGCACCACGCACUUGGAUCCCGCGGUCCAUGCGAACCCUGUCAACCUGGACGUCCAGGUCUUCCAGGCCGAGCGCGUGAUGGAGGCGCUGACGGACAUCGUGGCGGCGACUGGAGCGCGCACCGACGAGUACGAUAGUGUCAGCGCCUUGCUGGGCGUCGGCGGACUUCAACGCGCCGCCGCACUACCCGCACUCCAUGGUGCAGGCGCUGCAGUACAAGAUCAAGCACGGAGAGAUGCCGCCUGGUGGGCGCAGCGGCGGCUCUGGAGCGGCACCAGGGCCGCUGGUGCUGGUGCGGAGCCCGGUGUACGAGCUGCUUGUCACCGGCCGCCUCUCGCACUCCUCUGUGGUCCUGCAGUGCAUGGCCCUCCAGGCGGACGGGCGCCCGCUGUCGCUGCUGCUGGGGGACCUGCUGAAUGCCCAGUGGGAGCUCGCGCUCCGCAGCGCGCACAUGGAGGCGCUGGGGGAGGAGCCCCCGACCUGCCAGGACGAGACGAGACGCUGGACUACGUGCUGUACUGGCCUGGGCGGGACGGCGGGAGGGGUGCUUCGAGCGGGCGCCGUCGGCCGGAGCGUGGUGCACGGCCCCGCGCAGCGCCACGUUGUGGGGCACCUGGGGCACGGUGA